UUCUGGAAUGACUCCAACUACGGCAAAGGCGUCAUAAUUGGAGUCCUGGACAGCGGAAUCUCGCCUAACCACCCAUCCUUUGGUGACGAGGGGAUGCCCCCUCCGCCAUCCAGAUGGAAGGGUGCUUGCGAGUUCGAUGCCUCCUACUGCAACAACAAGCUCAUCGGCGCAAGGAACUUCGUCCGAGGUGCCUCGGCCACGGAUGCUGCACCCAGAAGAGUGACGCUGCAAGGACCCUACGAUUAUGAUGGACAUGGCACGCACACGGCUAGCACGGCGGCCGGCAACUUCGUCGAAAACGCCAACGUCAAUGGUCUAGCUAAUGGCACAGCAUCUGGCGUGGCACCUUUAGCUCACCUUGCCAUCUAUAGGAUAUGUGAUUUAGAUGGUUGCGCGUAUUCCGACGUGUUAGCAGGGAUGGAUGCUGCCGUCGAUGAUGGAGUCGACGUGAUAUCCAUAUCCCUUGCUGGAUCCUCCUUUCCUUUCUACUACGACAGCAUCGCAAUCGGCACAUUGGGGGCGAUCCAGAAGGGAAUCUUUGUCAGUUGCGCUGCAGGGAAUUCAGGACCGGACUCCGCUUCGCUAUCUAACGAGGCACCAUGGAUUCUGACGGUCGGCGCCAGCAGAAUAGAUCGCUUACUGAGAACAACGGUGACACUUGGGAGCGGAGUGGAGCUCGAUGGCGAAUCUGCUUACCAGCCAAGUAGCUUCCGCUCCUCCCAGCUGCCUUUGGUCUACCCCGGAGCGAGCGGUAAUAGGAGUGUGGCUUUGUGCUCUAAUAGGUCGCUGGAUGGGAUCGACGUCCGGGGGAAGAUCGUGCUAUGUUUUGAAGGCGAGGUGGAUGUGGAGUCCAAGGGCGAAACUGUGAGGAGCGCCGGAGGGCUGGGCAUGAUCAUCGCGAAUCUGAGGCAAGAAGGGGUCUCCACCUUUUCUGAAGUUAAUGUACUACCGGCGUCGCAUGUGAGCUUCCCCGAUGGCCAGACGAUCAAACGGUACAUCAAGUCAGCAUCGACUCCCACGGCGUCGAUCACCUUCAAAGGCACAUUGAUGAAAACAAAGCCGGCCCCGGCUCUCGCUUUCUUCUCCUCGAGAGGGCCGAAUCAGGCCGACCGAAACAUCUUGAAGCCAGACAUCGUCGGUCCGGGGAUGAACAUUUUAGCUGCAUGGCCCUUCGAAGUCGGACAUUCCGACACCGCCACCAGAUAUAACAUAAUGUCCGGCACUUCCAUGGCCACCCCACACCUCAGUGGAAUUGCAGCUCUACUCAAAAGCUCACAUCCAGACUGGUCCCCAGCAGCAAUCAAGUCUGCGAUCAUGACGACGGCCGACUUGACGGCUAACGAUGGCAAUCGGAUCACUGACGAGACAGGAACUACGGCGGACUUCUUCGGCGUCGGUGCUGGCCAUGUCAACGUAUCAAGGGCCAAUAACCCGGGCUUCAUAUAUGAUAUCAAUCCUGAUGACUACAUCGCUUACCUCUGUGGUCUGUCAUACACUGAUCGGCUAGUGAGCGUGGUUGCUCGCCGUUCGGUCAAGUGUUCCGAUAUCGGGAGCAUCGCCGGCAAAGAUUUGAACUAUCCUUCCUUCAUGGUGUUCUUGGACGCCAGCAAUGGCUAUACGGUGGAGGUCACACGGACGGUGACCAAUGUGGGAGCGCCGAGAUCGACCUACGACGUAGAUAGCACAUCUAUUUCAGAUAAGGUGAAGGUGGAAGUGAGACCCACAAGGCUCUCGUUUACCAAAGCCAAUGAGAUUCUUCGCUACAACGUUACUUUCAGCAGCAGCAGCAGCAGCAAUGGAGGAGAAAUUAAUUAUCAGGGAUACUUGCGGUGGAUUUCAUCUGAUGGUGGUGUAACUGUUAGAAGUCCGAUGAUGGUAUCCGUUAAGUGA